AUGCCUACCGCUGUCGUCACUGGCGGUGCUGGAUUUCUGGGAUCACAUCUCGUCGCCUUAUUGCUGAAGAAAGGUUACCAAGUUAUCGCUGUUGAUUCACUCUGGACUGGAUCGGCUGGGAAUGUGACCAGGUUCCAGAACCAUCCAAAUUUCACUUUCCUUCGUCAUAAUGUUACUGAACCAUUCCCCAAGAAUCUGGAAAAGGCAGAUCGGAUUUAUAAUCUUGCGUGCCCUGCUAGUCCAAAGAGAUUUCCGCAGGCACCUUUGGGAAUCUUGGAGACUUGCUACAAGGGGACCAAGAACGCUCUCGAUCUAGCUUCCAAGAGCGGCGCUCGUGUCUUGCUUGCGAGCACUUCAGAGGUCUAUGGUGACCCGCUCGUAUGCCCUCAACCUGAGAGCUACUGGGGGAACGUCAACUCUUUUGGUGGACGGUCUUGCUAUGACGAGGGUAAGCGUGUAGCAGAAGCCCUCGCCUACGCCUACCGCCUAGAGAGCAAGGUUGACAUCCGAAUUGGUCGUAUUUUCAACGCAUUCGGCCCCGGAAUCAGACCUGACGACGGUCGUGUGGUUUCAAACUUCAUUGCUGCUGCUCUCAAACAGGAAGAUAUCACAAUUACCGGUGACGGAACGGCCAGUAGGUGCUUCCAAUAUGCGGAGGAUUGCGCGAUGGGCCUCUACAAGCUGAUGGAGAGCGCAGUUUUGGACCCUGUCAACAUUGGACGCGAAGAGGAGACCACCAUCGGAAAGAUGGCCGUCAUGAUCAACGAGAUCGUUGCAGAGAAGACCGGCCGCCCGCAGGUACGAGUCGUUUUCGGGCCUAAGCCUGACGACGACCCCUACCGGAGGGUUCCAGAUGCGAGCAAGGCGAGGCGCGAGCUCGGACAUGAAGCCAAGGUCGGACUGAGAGAAGGGCUUGAGAAGACUAUUGACUGGUUCAUGACGUUGCCAGAGUUUGGCACGCUUAAGGCGAAGAUUUGA